AAUACCUAGCCAGCUAAUUAUCUACCUCUUUGCGGCAAAACAAUAAAAAAAGACAAGAACACUACGUCUCACCACAUCCUUAAGCCUCGCCUUAUAACAAAGCCUUCAAGAGGCAACCCGGAAUCAUGUCGCUCCCCUCUCGCGAAACGGAAAUGAGAGCGUCUGCCGACGCGGCCUCAAACUUCGCCGACGCCUACUACGAAGCCCUCAACCGCCGCAAGCCUGCCGGCACCCUGACAAACUUCUACACGACAACCUGCUCCAAGUACCCCUCGCAGCCCGAGAUCUCCAUUAACGGCGCCGUCCUGCAGGGCGGGCCUGACGAGUACGUCGCCCUCCUCGACACCCAGGGCGAGGACGUACGCUACGAGAUCGAGUCGCUCGACGCCCACGUCGUCAACAAUGACUUCUCCCUGGGAUGCCCCGAGCACCUGCUGCGCGGGGACGAGAAGGGUGCCAAGUGCAGCAUCGCCGCCCAGGUCACCGGCCGCGUCUUUUACGGCAAGGGCCGCGAUGCGCCGGCCAAGACAUUCAACGAGGUUUUCGUGCUGGUGCCAAACUGGGACACGUUUGGCAAGAACCCGCCGAGAGGCGCAAGGCGCUGGUUGAUCAUGAGCCAGAACUUCCGCGCGUUGUAAGGUGAUGACGGGUUGGAGCAUGGGAGCAGAUUUGACAUUGCGAGCGACAACACGGAUACUGGGUUUGCUUUUACAGAAUGAAUCGGGAGAAUUGACUUGGGGGUUCCAGAUAGAGACCACGGCUUCGGACAUGGGUUUCGUCCAGCGGCAUUGGCAUGGCCUUAGGAUGAUGUACAUUUACUCAGCAAAAGAGCGCAUCGAAGACUUUGACCAACUCAUUGCAUGCU